UGCGCAUUCUUGAACUCACGGAAGAGCAGUAACGUCUCUCAGAGGAUAUUAAAUCUGCUUAAAAAGCUCUUAGGAGCUCAUCACCAGCAGUAAAGCUGUAUAAGCACUGGGUAGACAGGACCGAAGGAAGUGGCGUGACAUACGGGGAGCUGCCAGUGGACAUCGCCAUGAGUUACAAACCUAUAGCUCCUGCGCCAUCUGGCUCCAACCACACGCCACCUGGCUCCUCUGUGCCCUCUCCUUCCCUCCCGUCGUCAUCCAACUUCAGGCCAGCUUUCAGCGACUUUGGGCCGCCUUCCAUGGGUUUUGUUCAGCCUGUCAAAGUCAGCCAAGGCUCCACUUACAGCGAGCUUCUGUCUGUUAUUGAGGAGAUGAGCCGUGAGAUCCGCCCUACUUAUGCUGGCAGCAAAAGUGCCAUGGAGAGGCUAAAGAGAGGUAUAAUCCAUGCCCGUGCACUGGUCAGGGAAUGUCUCGCAGAGACGGAAAGGAGCGCCCGCACAUGACACCAUCCUCCGUUUGUAAACUAUUUCUUACUCUUCCUUCAUCGCCUCUUUCCUGGCUGGCUUUUUAAAACUGCAUCAUAUCCUUGUCCUACCACCAGGCCCCCCAAAUGGUCAUUAACUCAAGUUCAGUUUUGUACCAACUUUUUGAGACAAAAUGUUGCCGUUUUAAUUAGAACUGUGCAUAAAAUGCACGGGAUAUUAAACCAGAUUUUUAUAUUAGUCAGGUUCUCCUUUAUGUUUAAAAGAAAACCAAACUUUCCCUCAUCACUCUGUUGUCCAUCUUUUGUUUUUUGGUUUUGUGUUACAUAUGUGCUUUCAUGCUCACGCACAUCAGUCCUAUUUUCUGGUGUUUAUCAUUCAACAAAAACUAUGUACAUCGCAAGUCAGUUUGUAAUUGUGGGAAUUUUGUAAACCAAAUUUUUGCAGUUCCUUAUGUAUAUCUUAAUUAAAUGAGAGAAAAAAACACAAGUGUAGCCUUUUUCUUUUUGUUUUGAUAUGUCAAGCUACCAGUCACAAAUGGCGCAUCGUUGCUGGUGUAUAUUUGUGGACAACAUGCAAGUAAUACGAAUGCUAAAGCAGGGAUAAACACAUUUAUUUGUAUUACACAAUUGACUCCUGUGGGACAAUAGACUUGAUUCAGGCCCUACAUGGUGAAUACAUUUUUUUGCAGAGACAGUGAGGCUGACUUGCAGCUGCACAGAAAAAAAUAAGUUUUCUUACACAUGAAAUAAGAAUUCUGUAAAUGCCCCAAUUAAUGCCUCUCCUAUCGUCAUUGGGAGUGUAGUCUUAAAAAAGUAAAUAAGGACCGGGUCGAAAAAUAUUAACAGCUAUGGCUGUAGGCAACAUCCUGUUGAUUUUUUUUUUUAUAUAUAAAAUCAACAAAAUGGCAGUAGUGGCUUUUUAAGUAUCACAAGUGUUCAGCCUCCAGCAGAUUUAUCUACCUCUGCAUGCGCUUUGAAAUGUUGGUCGCGCUACUCAGCUGUUGGUGUGAAACUUGUGUGUUACACUUGCCAUACUGUUUACAAUGAACUCAUCAGUGGUAUCCAUGCUGGCUGAACAGUUUUCCCCUUACUGCUAUUAGAACAUUGGUUCUGUUGCUGCUGUGUUGUACAAUAUACAUGUUAAUAAAUGACUGAUGUGGUCAAAAAGAGCAACAGUUUCCUUUCCACUUUCUCAUGCACUCCAAAUUAUUAAAGUUACAAAAUUAAGUUGUGAUAGCUAAUAUAUUUUUAUAAUUAUUGCCUGCUUCCAAUUCCAAAGCUCCAUCAUCUUUGCAGUUUAGGUAAAUAAAUACCCGGCUAUAAUGAGAGCAU